CCUGUCAUCAUCCUCCUUCGUACAAUGCGUUAAAGGGAAGUUGAAAUAAGUGUGAGAGGGACAUCACGGAGGCUUUUAUGACAUCUAAUGUGACGGUUAGCUGGUAAUCGACUCUCUGAACGGACACUGACACAAAGACUGCUCUGAAGACACCAUUCACAAUAACUAGCCUUCUCUUUCUGGUAGAUAUUUUCUACAGUUUUUCACAGUAAGUCAGCCUCCAGAAGAAGAGACCGGGCAGUGUGACAUGGCAAGUAGAGGCGGAGCUACACGACCCAAUGGGCCAAACGCAGGCAACAAGAUCUGCCAGUUCAAACUUGUGCUUUUAGGAGAGUCCGCUGUGGGGAAGUCAAGUCUUGUACUUCGUUUCGUCAAGGGGCAGUUUCACGAGUUCCAAGAGAGCACAAUCGGAGCUGCCUUCCUGACUCAGACGGUAUGUUUGGACGACACAACGGUCAAGUUUGAAAUCUGGGACACAGCUGGUCAGGAGCGCUACCACAGUCUGGCUCCCAUGUACUACAGAGGGGCCCAGGCAGCCAUCGUGGUGUACGACAUAACAAAUGAGGAGUCAUUUGUACGGGCGAAGAACUGGGUUAAAGAGCUUCAGAGACAAGCCAGUCCAAAUAUUGUAAUAGCUCUGGCUGGGAACAAGGCGGAUCUCGCAAGCAAGAGAGCACUGGACUUCCAGGAUGCACAGUCAUACGCAGACGAUAACAGCUUGCUUUUUAUGGAAACAUCUGCAAAGACCUCUAUGAACGUGAACGAGAUAUUCAUGGCCAUCGCAAAGAAGCUUCCCAAGAAUGAGCCUCAGACAGCCGGAGCCAGCAGCGGGCGGAACCGGGGGGUGGACCUGACGGAGACGGCUCAGCCCACCGGCCGUUCCUGCUGCAGUAAUAACUAACUCUUCCUGCUCACCCCACACACACACAUCCUCUGCCCCUCCUCCUCCCUCCCAUCUGGACAUCGGGCUCCUUGGCUUCUUGACGUCAGCCUCACUCCCCUGGAAUAGCUAAAAGACUCUGUAUAGCUGCAUUUCUAAUACUUUUGUUUUUGUUUUUUUGAUGUUCUUUUUUUUUUUUUUUUUUUUUUUUCAACUUUUUUUUAAGAAGUGUAUAUCAGUAUAAUGGAUGCAUGUAUCACUACAACGCCUAAAAACACAUUUUUAUCUCUUACUCAGUUUGGAAGACUAACCCACGUUUCAGAAAGACGAGCGAGCGACAGACCUGCGAGCGUGUGAUUGCGUGAUCUGCUGAUGAGAAGGUGUAGCCUCAUUUGUCACUUCACAGGGUCGACUGGGGUGCGAAUGGUGUUGUGCCUGUGAUGCUCUUUGUGCGCGGGUUAAGUUACGCUCACAAUCAGAAGAAACCCAAUUGUUCCCACCUCGAGAUGCCGGCUGUGAGGCAUCGUUGUAUUGAAACGGUGCCAGGAAAGACCCCCCCCCCCGCUUGUUACACAGGAAGACAUCCUCAUCCAAGGCUCCUAAUGCGAAGGGCGGAAGAUACUUUCGGUACUGUCCAGUUUGUAAAAAAAGUUGGAAAAUACACAAGUCUUUUGAGAGUAUUGAAAAGUAAAAAAAACUGCCUUGAUACACAUCUAGCUUCCUAUUCUGCGCGACCAUCUGUAGAGCAAUAUUGCCGCACGUCAACAACAAAGUCUUUGCGGUGUGGAAAACAUGGAGUUUUGUAAAGAUCGGGAACCAACACCUUCAGGCCAACAUGGCGGGAUUUUUUUCUAAAUUCUAUUUUAACAAAAUCCUUUCAUGUUGCCUGAAGGUCCGUCACAUUUAGACACUGAUACGGUUUCACGUGGGAAAUAAAAUCAACAGGAAACUGCUCAAAGAAGACUUUGAGCACACGAUGUUAAACUCUUUGUUCAUCCGCUCUGUGUCUGUCCAGGCCAGUAGGCAACCUGCAUCGAUUUGGGUGAUCUCAAUCAAAUUAGGGGGGGUCGUUUUUAGAAUACAGUUCAGGCCGCACACAAACAGAAUAUUGGACUACCACCCAUUGUCUGUGGAAAAAAAAAUAUAUAUAUAUAUCCUGAAAUGUUGUUAUAAGGUGCAAUGUUGUCUUCUUCCUCCUUUAGCACCGCUUGCAGAGCUCCUGAGCUCACAAGGAAAUUGUCUAGAGAUUCCGAACAAUUGUACAGUUCACUAUAGUUUUCUUUUUGCUUCAUACCAGACCGUGUCACAAACUGGUCACAUGUUAAGCAGUGGUGGUCUCUCUUAGGUAUAUGUAGUGGUCUUAACAAAAAAAAAAUCCCCUCCCUGGUGUCUUGUUACUUUUCUCAGAAAGGGUCCAUGGUCAUGUUUGAAAGGAACUUUUAUGGCAUUGCACAGUGUUGAUCAUGUUUUAAUUAAUGACUUGCCCUUCGAUUUUAUAUGACGGACUGUGUUGGACUUGCUAACCUACAGCUAUAAGCGGGUGGCAUAAUUAACCUUACUGGUGGUCUCUCUUACGGCUUAAUGAAUUUUGAUGAUGUAAAACAGCAUUACUAGUGAUGGGCUGAUCAGUUUUGAGUGUCUGAAUACAACUUAAUAAAUUCAAUAAAGAGG